GCACUUUUCUUAAGAGAGUUGUACAUAAACUGGAUUAAAGCUAUUAAUAGCUGACCUGUGCAGCGGCGCCAUCAGCAGUCGUGUCCGUGGCGCCAGCAACGGCGCAGAUCUUGGCGCUCUCUCCUGACGCUGAGCCGAAUGAUCCAUACGGGCACAGCGCCUCUCUAUAUAACUUAUUUCAAUUCAUUAUACGUAUUGUAUAAGUUCAAAGCCUACAGCAUAUAUAAUACACUCGUAACGCAGGAUGUCGAAGAUAUUACCCGUGUUGUGCCUGUGUAUCCUAGUGGUUGGGGUCUCACUAGGGGGUCCACCGGACUUACCUUGUCCUGCAGUGAAAUAUCCUGAUGGUUCCAGGGCUAUGAUGGUCCUGGGCGGACGAGUCGCAGCUAUAAAUUGCGGGCCAGUGAUGAAGGUAGUGUUGUGUGUGUCUGGAAAAUGGUCAUCGGCGGCUCCCUGUGCCAAAAAGGCGACCAGAGGCCAAAUGGACGCACGUAGAGAGGCGGUAAGAGACACAUGGAAGCAGCUAGUUCCAGGAGAGACGUGGAAUCCGGUACAAGCAGCGAUAGUUGCAGAGAUAGGCAUAGAUAAAGAGAUAGGAAGAAAGGCUGGACUAGCUGCAGAGAGACACAGAGAGGCAGGAAUAGUUGCAGAGAGAAGUAGGGAGGGAGGGAAAGGUACAGUGAUAGGCAAAAAGCUAGUGAUAGAUGAAGAGAUAGAAAGAGAAGCGGGGAUAGAUACAGAGAUAGUAAAAGAGACAGGUAUAGUUGCAGAGAUAGAAAGAGAUGCAGAGAUAGUUACAGAGAGAGGAAAAGAGACAGGCAUAGCUGCAGAGACAGGAAGAGAGUUGAAUAUGGUUAUAGAAAAGGGAAGAGAUGAAGGCAUAAUCUUAGAGAAGGGAAGAAAGACAGGGAUAGUUACAGGCACAGGAAAACGAGCAGGGAUAGUCGCAGAAAUAGGAAGAGAGGCAGGGAUAAAGGGAGAGAUAAGAAAAGAAGCGGAAAUAGUUGCAGAUACAGGGAGCAAUGCGGGGAUAGACCGAGAGACAGAGAAAAUUAUAUGGGUAAGUGCAGAAACAGGGCGACAGAAGCGCUCUCCCAACACGGGGAAAUACGAGGAGUUAAGAAGGCGAGUUAAAGUCCAACGGAAACUCCGUCAGGGAUUAAUUUCGACCAGCAUAGACGACAGUACCCCAUCUGUGGUCCGCGUGCAGGCAGGAGGUGACGUCUUUCUGCUGUGUCGUGUCCAGAACCUCGGCGCCCACUCCGUCACCUGGUCCAGACUCCACAACAAUCAAGUCAUUGCCAUAGACACCUCCAUCCUCGUCAACGACCCACGUUUCUCCACAAGCUUUGAAGAACAGACGGAGACCUGGUUCUUGAGAGUGACGGGUGUUAGGAGAUCGGACGCUGGGUCGUAUGAGUGCCAGGUCAGCACACGACCCCCGCUGAAGAAAGUGGUGAGGCUACGGGUAAUUCCCCGCGGCCAGCCUCUGGAAGAUGAUGAUUAUCAAGGUAAUCUAAUACUGAUACUGGUGAAGGGUUAUUAAUCCAAGAAGACAGCGGUACUGGUACUCUUCCAAGCAUCAAACUUAAGUACCUGCUAUUCCCCAGGUGCUAUAAGACCCCAGCGGAUUUACUGCUUCCCCUUGGCUAGAUAACAACAAUAAUAAUUAUGUAGUCAGAUAUUUUGCUAUAAGCCUUAGUUUUUUAGAUUUAAGACCUACAAGUUAAAUGAAGGAAGGCCGUUAAAACAGCUGUCUUCUCUAAUCAAAUCUGAUUAGUAGUAUACGUAAUGGGUCAUUAGUAAGUAUAUUUAGGUACAGGUACACAUAAGUACGUAGUUUAACGUGUAAAUUACCUAGGAUAACCCAAAAAAGUCAAAGUGACUUAUUUCCAUUGGGGCCCUUGACUUAUUUCCAUUGGGGCCCUUGACUUAUUUCCAUUAAGGCCCGAGUCAGGAAGCCCUCGGUCUGUUUCCCAACAAAUAAAAUAAUACAACGUGACAUAAGUAUAAAUAUCCUAGCCUUUAUUUAUAUUAUGGAAGCCUAGAGUGUGUACAUGAGAUAAGAUAAGAUAAGAGAAGCUGAUCCAUCAUUGUAAGUUUAUUCCGGUAUACACAAAUACACUUACAUAGA